UGGUAUCGUGCUAAAACAUAUGAUUGUUCUAGCCAUAGAUAUGUUUUGAAAAUGUAACCUGAGUUAAGAAUAUUAAAUGAUGAUGAGAACAAUGUAAAUUCAAUUGCUCCCAACCCCUUGAUUGAGUGGAUCACAUUUCAAUCGUCUAGAAUAUAUGUAUAUUUUGUUGGAAGCAUAUCAUUCUUAGCGGCAAGAUGAAGUAUAAAUUCGUUCUUAACGCGCUUAUGCCGUCUCUCGCCUCGGCCGCCGCCGUGGCUUCUCGCGGAUCGAGCGAAUGCGCUGUCGAAGACGUCUCGUCUAAAGAAGUCCGAAUUACGGGGUGGUCCUUUGGGCAGUCGACGUCUAGCCCAUUAGAUAUCCCACGGCGCGUCCCCACGGCCGUUAUCAGCUUCAUGGUAACUAACAGCGAGUGGUCACAAGCGUGUAGCGCCUCGAAUGGAGAGUAUGAGGAAGGCAAAUGGUGGGAUAAUGGUGGCAUCUGGUUUGGGUGCGGUUCCGGUAGCCCGCUAGAUCCUGAACCCCCUUGUACGAAGUGCACACGUUUUCAGUUUGAAUGGGGACAUGGAAGUUGGCGUCUGACUGUUAAUCAGACUUGGUUCGACGAAUCCUAUCGGUUUGUGGGAACGACAACAUCAACAACUCCAAGUUGCUCUUAUAGCUCCGAAGCCUACUAUACUAGCUGUACUGCUCCAGACUUUUCGCUUACUCUAGACCCGGUAUGCAUGGAAUAAUUCCAAUGGAAGCCUCUUGUCCUGGGUAAUAAUUCAUUGGGACUUAUUAUUUCCGAUAAAUUCUAGGGAACGGCUGUCUAGGGUGACUGAUGUAUAUGAACUGAGCGGAAAACGAAGUUG